GCAACAUCCUUCGUUCAUUCAGUUGCCGUUUUCCGUUACGAUCGGAUCGCUCGCCUCUUGGGCUCGGGGUCCAGACGUGUCUUGUUCGAUUGGAGGUGUUGUGCUACAGUGGCAGAGUGUGCAUCAGAGUGUGAUCAGAGCCUUAUCUAGUAUUAGCGUGUGAAGUCUCAUCUAAAGACACAGCGAAGGAGGAUCACCACAGGAAGUGAUCUUUGUUUAAAGCAUUGCCGUCAGUAUCCCGUACACCCGAUGACGAUGACGACUCAGUUCUGCUGGCUGAUCUUGCUGGCCCUAAGCACCGUGUCCUACCGCGCCGCUGGUGCGGCCCACCCUGCCACCGAAGUUACCAACCAAGAGAUCCGAGAUGCCAUCCUGUCGCUGGUCCACUCCUACAACACGCUCGACAACAAGCUGGAGCGCCACGAGCAACGUGAACGUGCCCAUGCCGAGCAGGUUAAGAAGAGCUUGAUCACGGUGCAGAAGAAUCUGCGCGCGUUGGAUCCGCUGCCGGGCAUGAUCAGUCGUUUGGAGGGACGCACUGGAGAGAUUGAGACCGCUCUGCUACAGCACGGUGACAAGAUUGCUACAUUCGCCCAGCAGCAAAAGGAGGUCGACGUGUCUCUGGCAGGCAUUCUGAAGGGACUGACGGAGAUGGCUCCACGGGAACCAAACGGAUCGGUACGAGACGAGGACGAUGAAAGUGUAGCAAGCAAGCUGGACGAGGUGGCAGCUACCGUACGGGAGCUGCGACGGGAGUUGGCCGAGCUGAAGAGCGAUCGUGAUGCCACGGAGGAUGUCAAUCGGCAAUUGCUGAAGGAGACGGAAAAACUGGUCAACUCUAAGCUUUCCUCGGCGGACGAGAUCAUCUCCAAGAUGGAAGAGAAGCUGUCUCAGUUCUACCUCACCAGUCCAGUCAUUGCAACGCAAAACGUGGAGUUUGAGGACAAGGUACUGCGCCGUCUGGAAGAUUUGAGCAACUCGAUGGCAUCGGACGGUCCGAGCAGUAAUUCGCUGAGCAAGGAUGCAUCAUCGCUGCCUGACAAGCAGUUCAUCCAAGGCCUCGUCAACGAAACCCUGGAAGCGAUCAACGAUAUGCGUCUGGAGGUGCUGACCGCAUCGGAUAAGAGCUUCACCAAGACGGCCACCCGCAUCAAGGAGAACAACGAGGUGCUGCAAUCAUCCGUGGACGACAUAUUGAAGACGCUGACAGAAGAGUUGACCACGGCGGAAGCGUUCCACAACACGGCCAAGGAUCAGUUUAACUCCAUGAACGAAACCAUGUCCCAUUUGUCGGUGUUCUUGUUGAAGGCUGGUGAGGACAUUCUGGAUGCCAAGCGCGGGAUGGACUUCGGUAUAAUGCAGAUCAUGCGUGAGGUUGGCGACGUGGUUAAGGCUAACUCGGGCAGUCUCAAUACGACCAUUUCGAAGCGUUUCGAUGCCAUCGAUGCUACGAUUCUGGACAAUCACAACGGUGCCCUCACGAACCUCAGCUCAAAGAUUGAGACAGAGAUCAGCCAGGUGUGGCGUCAGAUCGGUAUCAUGUACCAGGAGAUCUCGUCCAGCAAGCAAGCCUUGGAUCGUCUCCAGGAGCAAACGGAAACCUAUGUCAACGGUACACUCAACACAAUGGACAGUAUGGAGGGCAAGGUCUCCCUCAUUACCAACCGUAUGACGGAAGUGGACUCCAACCUGAACUACCUCCUGGGCCGACUCUCGAUGGUAACGCAGGAAUUCAACCAAAUCAAGCUCGGUCUCGGCAAAGCGCUGGAUGAGAUUAAGGGCAGCUUUGCGGAGGUAAGCAACCGUGUCCGAGGUCCAGGACCGCACCGAAUCUCGUCCGAAGAAGUGAUCGAUGAUUUGGGCAACGAAACUACAAAGUAAGCUGCUCCUGACUCGGCUCCAGUUCCAGGACGGCUGCGGAAGUAUUGUCUAGUACCAAAAGAAACACAAAAUCACACACAGCAGUAGUGCGUAGGAUUAAGUAGUGGAUGUGCGCGAAUGCGCGAAGCAGAUCGGUUAAUUGCCUUUCUCCAUUUUUUAUUUGCUGAAUUUACUUACUAGAUUUUAUAGAAAUAACGACUGUGCUGGUAUGCUUAAUGUUGAGAGGAAAUUAGAGUUGGUACAUAUAAGGCAAACUGGUAAAUCUCAAUCUAUUGCCAACGAUGAUGCACAAUAAAGCGUGGAAAUGCUGCAUUAGCUCAUAAUUGUA